AUGAACUCAUCUCACUUUGACGCUGAGCACGAAGACCCAUGGGGUGCCAACACCUGGGCCUCAUCAUCCAUCUUGGGCGAAUCAGCGCCAACAAUUUCACCAAAAUAUCCCGAAGCGGACUCUGUGAAGAAAACAUUGUUACCUUCACUCUCUAAUGAACAUGACCCGUUGUCCGAUCCCCAGUCUCUGUCGCCUUUGCUUGGCUCGCCACAGCCAGUGGGUAACAUCUGGGGCGAGGAUAACAACCCCACCGCCUUAACAGGAACCGCUGCUCCGGGAUUUGCCAGUCCCUUGGACGGAGCGUCAUUGAUCCAACCGUUGAAUCACCCAACUGGCACGGUAGCACCUGACGGCCACGAGAACAAAAUGUCAGAGAAAGAGGUUGCACAGUACAAGAGCUCCCUCCGCAACCAAUUUCACCCACUCACGUCAGACCAGAUCUCUAUCAAAGAGAUUCCUGAGAAGGAGGGCUUGUUGUUCAAGCAUAUCAACUACCUCUUGACCCACCACAUCAUCAUUGACGGUGACGCCAGCGUCAAAAAGAUCACCAGACGCUACUCCGACUUUGUCUGGCUACUUGAGAUUUUGGUUAAAAAAUACCCGUUCAGGGCCAUUCCGGACUUGCCUCCGAAGAAGUUUUCGGGAUCGCCACAAGAUACGCAAUUUCUCCAGCGCCGCCGCCGCGGGCUAUCGCGGUUCAUCAACCAGUUGAUCAAGCAUCCGGUUUUGAGCAAGGAACCGCUCGUGGUGGUGUUCUUGACCGUCCCCACCGACCUCACAAGCUGGAGAAAACAGGCCAACGUGGACUUAUCCAUAGAGUUCCAGGGAAAGAAGAUUUCCAAGAGUUUUAUCGUCAACUGGGAGAAGGAGAACAUCACCAGAUGGUCUCAGACCGAGCAGUCAUUAAGACCAUUGUACGAGCAAUGGUCCAAAAUCUGUAUCCUCCUUGAUAGAUACGAAAAGCGCCGCAGACUGGUGGCGGGCGAUAAGACCAAAUUUGCCUCGCUAUUACAGGCGUUUGCAGCUACAAACAUCAGCUUGUACGACUCCGAGGCUGCCGACACCGACAUUGGCGUCAUCAACGCCAAUCUCGAGCACAUCUCUAAAACGUUCACGAAGGAGGCGGAUGUUUUGACUAAAGAGGCCGAUAACAUCAGUUUAACUCAUUUGGAGUUCUUCAAGACAUACCAGGACUACCUUGCGUCCUUAAUUGCCUUGUUUGAGCGGUAUCACACGUUUGGAGGAAACACCAUUCCCCAGGUCUCCAGGCACUUGGAGGCAGCCGAGCAGAAGUUGCAGUCACUCAACUCCAAACCAGAUGUGAAGGGGUCUGAGGUGGAGCGCGUGAAAUCAUUGAUUCUCAACGACAAGCAGGAAAUCUUUAGUCAGGUGAACCGCGACUGGUUGAUCAAACAGUGCUUGGUUCACGAGUACUAUACCUUCCAAGAAACCCAGUAUAUUGUCACCAAGGCCUUCCAGGACUGGUUGGCUGACCGCUUGAAGUACAACGACAUGCAUUCCGAAAUCUUGACUGAAGUCCUCAAGGAUAUUCAUAAUAUGCCGUUGUACAGAAGUUUAGGAUAA